AGUCGCUAAUCGGACAACGAUGUUAAGGUCUUAUAGAUUUCUCAAAGUCGUUAGACACCUGACACUUUCUCUAAGGUAUCAAAGUACUGCUGAUAAAAUUCAAGCACUUGGACCCAUUUCUCCAGCUUUAUUGGAAUCCACAGGGUUGAUUAAAAAAGCUUUGGGAGAUGUAUACUUUGACAGUUUAAAGGGAGAUAUUGAUUUCUCUUCUUGCGAUUAUUUAAGCUAUUCAGCUCAUCCCUAUCUUAACCAAAUUGAUGGUAGUUCCAUUGUUAAACAUGGAAGAAUUAGCUUUAAUCGUUCCAGCUGCUACAAUCGACAUCCCAAUUCAAAGGUGACCAAAUUGGAAGAAGUCAUCUCGGAACACGCAGGUGGACAUAAAACUAUAUUUGUCAACUCUGGUACGGAAGCAAACCAAGUUGCAUUUCAAGUAAUUUUACAGGAUAGACCGGAAGUACCAAUCUAUUUAGAUAAAUAUUCCCAUCCCACAAUGGAUCUUGGAGCAAAGGCAAUAGGUAGAUACAACUCUCUAUAUUUCAAUCACUGCGAUGUCGACCACCUGAGAGAACUUAUUAGGGCUAAUGGGCCUGGAUUAGUUGGAGUUGAUUCAGUCUAUUCCGCCUUCGGAACAAUGGCACCCAUUGAAAAAAUAGCGCAGCUCUGUAAAGAAACUGGUUGUAUAUUUUUGGUUGAUGAAAGUCAUUCUUACGGUAUUUAUAACGAAGAUGGAGGAGGUUUAGUAAAACAAUUAGGUCUUGAAGAUGAUAUACCUAUUAGAACUUUCUCAACUGGAAAGGCUAUGGGUGCUGGUGGUGGUGCCGUAGUUCUUAACAAAGUCGCUGGAGAGUAUAUUGAUGACAUUCGAAAAGGAUCAAAUAUGUCCAUUUUCACUCUGGCCGCUCAGGACUGUCUUGCCGAACGAUUAAUUGAAACUGUAAAAUUAGUAAAGACCGAAAAAUGGAGACGAGAUGAUCUAUUCGAUAAAAUCAAAUACUUUAAAGAGUCUUGUAUAGAAUUAGGCUACAACGGCGUAUUAAUCCGUGACGACAACACGCUAAUUCCAACAUUUAUUGUUGGAUCAUUAGAUUUAGUUUUAGAAAUGAAUGACGACUUUAUUAAAGAGCAAAUGUUUCCCGCACCUGACCUUUAUCCGUCUGCAACAGAAAAAAAUGCUGCCAUUAGAUUUGCGAUAAAUCACACAUUAACAUAUCCGCAAAUCAAUCGCGCAUUAAACCUUCUGAAAUUGUUCAGAAACAAGUACAAGCCGGAAACGUGGCCAGAUGCUAAUCCAAAUGCAGUCUUAUUUUAAAUGAAUAGAACAAAAAGACUAUUAUUGAAUAGACAUUUUGUACAAUUUAUUGUGUAUAAUUUUUUGGCAUUAGUUUGACUGAGAUAUACCGUAUAAUAAAAAUUUCUAUCUAAUAACAUGGAAUACCAUUCUGCAAUGAAUAGCCAUUUCAGUUAAAUAUCUGUAACAGUCUGUAACAUAUUUAAUUCUAUUGGACUUAUGGCGCUUCUUAAAAGUAGGCCAAUAGUUGAUCUAUAUCAGUUCUGAAUCAAUAUCACGCAAUACUACUUUAAUAAUACUUAUCUAUAGCAAGAUAGAUCUUCACACUAACUCUAAAAAAGCCCCAAACCCAGCCCUAAACUUUACACUAAAAUUUCUAUGCAUUUUUUAUACUUAAAUUAUCUAUUUAUCUAAUUAUCUAAGUCCUUUUUAAGGGGAUUUGGAAGAAAAUGUCUCGUUUUGUUGUGUUUUGCCCUAUCCCUAAUCCCAUGGAAAUUUAGACAAAAAAACAAAUUUAAAACAAACAUAACAUUUUU